GGGACCCAAUCUCUGCGCUGCGCCUCUGCCGGGCCGCGGCUCGUCCUGUGCGGGCCGCAAGGCGACUGUUGCCGGGGCGCGCGCCGCCCGUUCCUCUUUCCCGUUGCGAGCGGCUAGCGCGUAGGGAGGCGGCUCCCAGAACGGCCGGGCGCCUCCCACUCUCCGAGCCGCCGGGGAGCCGGAGGAUGGCGGCGGUGGCGGCGGCCGCCCGGGAGGAGGCGGUGCGGAGGCCGCGGACCGCGGCAGCGAGCGGCAGCGGCCCGUCGCGGCGGCCCGGCAGCGACCGCGUCCGCACGGCCACCUGAGCAGCAGCCGCGAGCUGCGUCCCGCCCGCCUCGCUCGCUCGCUCGCGGCCCGGGGCGGCGCGGACAUGGGCGCCAAGCAGAGCGGCCCCGCCGCCAACGGCCGCACCCGCGCCUACUCGGGCUCGGACCUGCCCGGCGGGGCGGUGGGCAGCGCGGCGAGCGGCCGCGCGGCGCAGUCGGCCUUCAGCAUCCCCAGCGGCGGCGGCGGCCCGUACGGCUCGCAGGACUCGGUGCACAGCAGCCCGGAGGACGGCGGAGGCGCCAGGGACCGGGACCGGCCGGCGGGCGGGGGCCCCGGCGGGCCGCGCCUGGUGAUCGGCUCUCUCCCUGCCCACCUCUCCCCGCACUUGUUUGGAGGAUUUAAAUGCCCGGUGUGCUCAAAAUUUGUACCCUCAGAUGAAAUGGAUUUGCAUCUUGUGAUGUGUUUAACAAAGCCAAGAAUAACCUAUAAUGAGGAUGUGCUGAGUAAAGACGCAGGUGAAUGUGCAAUAUGCCUUGAAGAACUGCAGCAGGGAGACACCAUAGCACGGCUACCUUGCCUGUGUAUAUAUCAUAAAGGCUGCAUAGAUGAAUGGUUUGAAGUAAAUAGAUCUUGUCCAGAGCACCCUUCAGAUUAAGCGCAUCAGAUUCCUGUGUUAUGGGUUUUCUUGUCUUUUCAAGAUGCUUGAGAAAUCUAGAAGAUUUGAAGAUCGAACUCUGGAAAAAAUGAGAACUGCAGGCUUAUUCAGCCAGGAUCUGAGUUCUGUGACACAUGGUUGUCCAGAAAGGGACAAGAAGCACAGAACUCAGUGUACCAAACUUGCAUAUAAGGGACACACAGGGAUUUUGAAAAUGCUGCACAUCCUGGACUAGUCACUGCAUAGAUGACACUGAUAAACAUUUUGUAUUCAGACGCCAAAGUUAACUAAUUGCAAAGUUGAUUUACUUUUUAUUAAGUUCUGUAGAGCUGCUGUUUUAAUGUAUUUGGGUUUUUUUGGUGUGUGUGUGUUUUUUUUUUAAGUUUGGGGAGUUUUCAUUUUCCCCAACAUAAUGUUUCUACAUUUACCUAUUCUUACCUUGAAAACCACACAAUUUAGUUCUUACAAACUCUUCAGUGUGAAACCAAGAAAUGUAAUCAAAGCAGUGUAAUAUUCUGUGAAUGGAGAGUAUAAUCUCAAGUUCUUCCAUUCCCCCCCCCCCCCCGGGCCAUGUAUGAAAAAUAGGUUUCUGGGUAGGAGAGCUAAAAUAUGUUAGUAGUUUGAAUUAAAGGUUUAAUAUUAUAAAAAUGCCAUCCAAAGAGUAAAUCAAGUUACAUAAUUACAUUUGGUUAAUUAAAUGUCGAACAGUCUACUGAACUGCAGUUUCUGAAAUACAUUGUUUCUUCUGAAAUAAAACUGUGCAAUAGCUUGUUAGCAGUGACCAUCUUGCAGCUAUGCAACUUUGAAAAGUCCAGAUUUGCAGGUCUCAGUGCUGGGGCCGAAGUGACUCUGUCCUAACAGGUAUUUUGUUCCUUUCAUGUAAUUACUUCAUUGUGCUUUGCAUUUCCAGGCAGUUUUCCCAUGUUUGGGUAAAAUGUUUAGCAAGUUGUAAACUUAAUACCUUAUGAAAAGGGUGAAAUAAACACUUCUGCAGUGGGACUUGGAGUAAUUUGAGGGACAUUUUAUAUACUUUUAAAAAUCAGAAUUUAAUUGGGAUGCCAGAUUUCUAGCAACUUGUAUCUUUAGUUUUCCAGAUAAUCUGGAAGUUAGCAUUUGAUAAAUGAUUUUUUAAGCAAAUAUAAAAAUUUUGUUAAUUUAUAAUUUAUUAAUGUGUUGUUACUGUAAUUGAAAAUGUUGUGGAUACUUUUAAAUUCAGUCUUUGUAGAAAGAACUGUAAUAAGCAAAAUUAUGUGAAUAAAUACUCCCCCAAAAUACAUCUGAUGGUUAAGAAUACUGGAAGAGAACUGUCAGGGCUCCAACAGUGAAUGUCUUCUUAAAUAAGUAUGAAAAUACCAAUAAGUAGAUUUCACAUUUGGUUUCCUAGGGAGGGUGUUGCUUCUCUGGUCUAGUCAGCUGCAUAGUCCUGUGUCCUGAGCUGCUGCACUGAGGUGUUGAAGUGUGUGCUUCUCUGAUGCUGCUACUCUCACACUCUGAUUUGUUCCCUGGCCCUGUGGCCUCUGCUCCCUCCUGUACAGAAGGGCGGGUGCAGGAGCACUGCUGCUGUGGUGGGGUGGGCUGGGGGUUGUCCUGCGAUGAAAAGAGCUUGCACUGCUUCCCUAUGGUCGUAAGCUAGGUACUGCUUCCCUUCAGAGACUGCUGCGGAUUACCUGUUCUGGUCCGUGGCCAGACAGCAUGUAACAGUUUGCAGCACAGCUCUGUAGGGCUUCUUUUCAGCCAGUUGUAGGAAGUUCUCUUCCUUCAAGAGAAAUAUUUUUCCUUAAUUUCUUUUCUGUUAAUACACAAUCUGAAUCCACUUUUGUAAGCUUUUGUCUCCCCCCCCCCCUCAGUUUUUCUCCCAGGAAGAGCUCUUAGAAUGUGAACAAUCACUUUGCUUUCUACUGUUGGUGUGUUGCAUGGUAAGAAUUACUUCUGCUGUCUUCCCUUCUUGGAGAGCAGCUGUGGUAGCUAAUGUGUAGACUCCACUGGACGGUGACCUGCUUUUUGCCAAGCUCAACUUCUUGGAGUCUCAGCCUAAGUUUGCCCUUUGCACACACUGUCCUCCAGCAGUCUUCACGGCCUCUGUGGGGAUGGGCGCAGACUGUGCUUGUCUGGACAGGAUUUACUGAAGCCUACUCAAACAGCUUGUUGGGGUUUUUGUUGUUGUUGUUUUGGUCAAAUUUUAUAAAGUUGGUGUUUUUACUUUAAAUUCUGUCUGCAAUAAUUUCCUAAAAAGAAUAAUUAGAAGAAAAGAGAGGAGCGCAGAUGUUCGAUCAGUGAUACUUUCUGUAGCACUGCUUAUAAUAUUAGUCUGUAUGCAGACAUGAAUAGCAUCAGCCAUAAAAUGAUAGACUAUUCAGCUGAAACUACUGACAAAUAUUACGGAGGUGGACUAAAAAUUGAAAGCCUCCGUUAUCCAGCUGGUCAUAACCUUCUAGAAUCUUUGUAAAUACUCUUCAAAUAAGGUCACACAUGUGUAGAGAAUGAAAUACAUGCUUGGAUUUCUCUAGUGCCACUCUGUCCAUAGUAAAUUUAUUGCCAAUUUUUAAUUCUACUUUAAUCUGUUUUUUUUAAUUCCCUCUCUGCCAGUAUAUUUAAGAGAAGCACUAUUCUCUUUAUAAAAUUAUUCUCUUUCUUAGGCUCCUCUUUAGAGAAACAGAUGUAAUGUAUUUCCAACCUAGUUAUAAAUCAGACUGUAAGAUUCUUAUAUAAGCAGUGGUUUUACCUGACUUUUGUGUAUGUGAUAGCAGAAACCACAGUGGAAAAGUCCUAUUGACUGUUGGAGAAUAUAGGUUUGGGCUUUCCAGUACAAGUCUUCUGUAUCUUAAAUGUUACAUGAUUAUUUCAGUUUCCAUUUAGAUACUAGAAUGCAGCCCAGAGCAACCAACGACCAUCCUUAGCAUAUCUGCAGUGUGCACAGCAAAGUUUUUUUUUUUCCCCCACUUCAGUGAGUUGCCAGAAAUGGUGGACUCCUUUCCAGAGCACAUUCUUCUACACUGUGUUUUUAAGUCUGGGUAUGGUGAGGUUUCAGAGUACUCAUUUCCCACCGGACAUGGUGACUCAUACCAACGCUCAGGAAACUGAAGCAGGAGGAUUGCCACAGGUCCAGGCUAGCCUAGGCUACAAAGUGAGUUCUAGGCUAGACUAUCUUAAAAAAAAAAAAGAAUACUUUUAAUAUGUUACAGCAAGACAUAGGCAUAUUCCUUUUAGUGAAAAUGAUUAUGGAUUCAGUGUAAAUAGUACCUGCUUUUCUGUAUUGACUUGAGUGAAGUAAGGGGAUUUUCCCAACAGUAAGCUAAAGGUGAACAAAGUGUGGAACUUAAAAUUCAGGGAUGGUUGCGUUCAUUUGCCACUGACGACAGCCUCGCUGUGUGUUAACCAUGUGAUCCAGACAACCUUCCUCUUCACAGAGGAGGUUCCCCUCUAAACCAGAUCAUCAGGAACAUAGAGUGACUUAGAGGCAAGUGGUGCUGUUGUCACAAGCGCCAUUUGCUGGUUGUGGGGCUCUGGUGCAUUCAGCCAUUUUUCUGUGGGUUUGGGGUAAAGGAAUAUUGAGAAAUAAAACAUGAAAUGCCCCUUUGUUACUCACUAUACAGAUAUUUUAACUUGACUUUAGAAAUUGUAGCAUGUCAGUACUUUGAAGUCCAUUCUCCUAUUUUUUUCUAAAGUGUGUAACUUGUAAUAUUUUUGUAGCCAUGUGAUACAGCUUAAUUACCUUACCUGUUUCACUCUCUGCUCUUUCUCCUUUCCACAUCUCCUCUGAGUCUGAGUGGCUGCUUCUUGGUGUUCUGAUAGUGAUUCACAUUCUGAAAUCAUCCACAAAACAUUUCUGGUGAUAAUACUUUAUAGUAUUAUCUGGUGCCCAACUAAUACUUUAUGCCGUGUUCUGUAAAUGCUGUGCUUAAGCUAGGAAACAGACUUUUUUUUUUUAAAAUCAGAGUUCUGUCUUGGAUGGAAAAUUCCUGAUAUUCUAAGUCUGUUGACUUUCUGUGGGAAAAAAAAAAACUACCUUGAACACCAGAAAUCUUACUAGUAGUUUCAGUUUAACAUGCACUGUCACCGUCCUCACAGGAUAUUCAAACUAUUCACAAGUUUUGACCAGUGGCUGAUAAUAAGGAAGAUUUUUUUUUCUGGUCUUUUUGUUUAUAGAAAAGCAAAGAACAGUGUGGCAUAAUUAAUUAAAAAAUGUGAUACUGUAGCAUUUAUUAAUAAUGUAUGUGUUUCUUAGCUCUGCCCCUGGGCCAUAAGGAUCUCAAGAUUGGACAUGAGAAGUAACAGUUCUCUUAGGACUGAUUGCCCAUGCCUGCCAUUUCUGAUGUUGGAGUUGACAUGUACUGACUGAUUGCCCAUGCCUGCCAUUUCUGAUGUUGGAGUUGACAUGUACUGAUGAAACUGAACAACUACACCUGUGUUUGUUAGCAGUAACUGUGGUACCAGAAAUGUUUCCUCUGUUAGCCAAGCUUGUGCAUAUAUGAUAUCCCAGCACCCGAGAUGUUGAGGCAGAGCAGAAGAUCACAAGUUUGAAGCCAGCCUGGGCUACACCGUGAGUUUGAGACCAGUCUGAACUACAAAGUGAGAGCUUGUCUCAAAGUUUGACUGAGGUCAUGUUAGUGUUUGGGUAUAUAUAGUAUGGUUAAGACAUUCUGGUCUAGGAAGAAACAACAUGAACACUGGACUUGAUAGCACUGAUUAACAGUUUGUUGCAUUUCUUUGCAGAUGACUUGUUAUGUGGAUUUCUUUGCUUGAAAAUCACAAUAUUUACCUCUUGAUUUAUUUGUGGUUUCCACAACUCUUCUAUAAUACCUCUCAGUUUCCUCUAUUAGAAAGUAUUUUGUUCUUGUUAAACAAGGCCCUGAAGGCAUUGAUCAUAAGAAAUAAGAGAAAAUGUAUUAGGAACAACCUGUAUUAGUAUGUUCUAAACAGAAACCGAACAAUUCAUUGCUAUUUUAAUAAAUAAAAUUUCCAAAUGAUCUCAUUAAAUUCUCCUGUUCUUUAGAAGUAGAAAAUAAGAGUGCUCUCAAGGGAAGUUGUCAUAUCUCCUACCUUAUGUCUUUUAGUGGACAGUGUAUUACAAUAAAACAAAUAUUUGGAUAAUGAAAAGUUGCCAUGCUACAAUUGAUAUUGACCUCUUUAUUUUUUUAUACCCAUGAUGACAAAGAUAGAUAUAAAAUUGUGAAAAUUUCUUAAUAGCUUAUGGUAAUGGACAACGGGGUUUUGUAUUUCUUUGACUGUAAGUGAAGAUAUACUCUGAAAUACCUGAUGUAAACCUGCUAGUGUUAUCAUUGAAAUAUAGCUGGAGCACUAAGCGUUGGGAAGGAUGUUGAACGGUUACGCACUCACACUUUCUGGCUUCAUUUGUUUCACAACUUGCCUUUACUUUUGGAAGCAGUUUUCAAGAUGUAAGCAUGAUUGGGUUCUGUAGUAUGAUUAAGAAGCUAGGCUUUUGGGAUAGGUCUCCUCUCUCUGGCCCUGGGUUUUAUUCUCUGUGCCUUGUCUUAGUCUUGUAUUAAGCAAGAAGGUAUGUAUAUGCAAAGCCAGAUAAUGUGGUAUACAUAAAUGUUGAUAUGAAAAACAAUA